AUGCCAGUCCCGUUCCUCGGGCGCCUCGCCAUAACCGAAUAUGUUGCCGUAAUAGGGUCUUUUAUCUUUGUCGGCCUCGAGGUCAUCAUCCGAGUCCUGACCUUCGCAUUGCCGUCGCCCCUUAUCGCUCUGUGCUACAAUGCCUCGCGGCGCCUGUACAGAUGGAGGUCGCCAACCGAUAGCAAAAGAGAAUCGGAGAAGAAGAAUGAACGGUCGAAAUCCAUAAGGAACGCAACCGAUUUUGUUGAACUAUGCGAGCUCUACGGAUAUACAGCUGAGGAACACGUCGUCCAGACUGAUGAUGGGUACCUCCUGGGAGUUCAUCGGCUCGCGUGGAAGCGAGGCGAGGAAGAUGCUAAGGUCAACUCUGGUCCCAACAGCGUGCAAAAGCGUGUCGUCUACCUACAUCAUGGCCUUCUCAUGAACAGCGAGGUGUGGGUGUGUCUCACGGAUGCUCAAAAGGUGUUGCCGUUCGUCCUGGUGGAGAGAGGUUUCGAUGUCUGGCUUGGAAACAAUCGAGGCAACAAGUACUCCAAGAAGUCCGUCCGUUCGGCUCCGACCUCUAUUGAAUUUUGGAACUUUUCGAUCGACGAGUUCGCCUUCCAUGAUAUUCCCAACAGUAUAGAGUACAUCCUGGGCAGCACAGGGCAACCGUCGCUCUCCUACAUCGGUUUCUCGCAAGGAACAGCACAGGCCUUCGCGGCCCUGUCCAUUCACCCAAAACUGAACCAGCAGGUCAACGUCUUCAUCGCGCUGGCGCCAGCCAUGUCGCCUCCGGGCCUAGCCAACGGCAUCGCUGAUGCUCUGAUCAAAGCAUCACCUCAGGUGCUGUUCCUCAUGUUCGGUCGAAGGUCCAUCCUCAGCUCCGCUCCAUUGUGGGAAUCGCUCGUCUAUCCCCCAUUGUACAUCAAAAUCCUUGACAUGGGUAUGAAGUUCUUGUUCAACUGGACAGGUAAAAACAUGACCACACCCCAGAAGCUCGCUGCCUACCCCCAUCUGUACUCUUUUACUUCAACCAAAUCCGUUGUCCAUUGGUUCCAAAUCAUCCGCACCAAGUCCUUCCAGAUGUUCGACGACGAUCCGCCCCUGACCAUCGGUACGAACCCCCGCUUUACGAAGGUCGCCAAGUACCCGACCCGCAACAUCAAGACGCCUAUUGUGCUCGUGUAUGGAGGCAGUGAUUCGCUAGUCGACAUCAAGGCGAUGCUGCGUGAGCUGCCGCCAACUACGGUUGCCACUGAGAUCCCUCACUAUGAGCAUCUCGACUUCCUCUGGGCCAAGGACGUCGCCGCACAAGUCUUCCCCCACGUCUUCGAUGCCCUCGAUAGUUUCACCGAUGCGGAGCACACCAAGGAUGAGUUCGACAUCUACCGCCGCGCGAGGCAUCAGAGCCUGAGCAGAAGUAACACUUUCUGGAGGAAUGCGCACUCACGCAACGGCAGCGAUGUCAACACAAGUGAUGUAGACAGCGCACUAGGCAGUGCGGUGAAGCUACCGCACCAGGCUCGCGAGGGUGUUGCGCGGAAUUUCCAAUACAGUGAUGACGACUCUUAUGUGACUGAGACAAGUGAGCCAAGUGGGGGGAGCCUGAACCUGGGUCAAUCGAACAAGAGCUCUACCUCUGUCGGCCUUGACAUUGCUCAAGACAGGCGGGGUAGUAGUGGAAGUCUUUCGUCAAAAACCAGCGGCAACACCAAAAGAUCGCUUCGCACCGGCAAGGGGAUAAGUUUCGGGAAGGUCGCGAGUGCAGGUGUGAGCACGACGGACGUGACGGGCGUCGCGGCCGCCGCGGCCGCGAGUCCCCAGCAGGCGAGCACGGAUGAUGGGGCGAGAAAUCGCCUACGGAUGGUCUCGGGGCAACGGUAG